AUGAUACAGGUCUUGGACCCAAGACCCUUGCCAAGCUCUAUCAUGCCUGUGGAUAUGGCUGUGAGAAUUUGCUUAGCCCAUUCUCCACCACUGAAGAGUUUUCUCAGCCCCCUUGAGGACUGUAAAAGAAAAAACUUUGUGAACAGAUUCAAACCUCUCAGACCGUGUCUUCACGUGAAAAGUGACUCUGAAGCUCAAAAGAGUGACUGGAGCCACUCAGCAGCCCGAGCCAAGAAGCGAGUUGUGUUUGCAGACUCAAAGGGGCUGGCCCUGACAGCAAUACACACUUUCUCUGAGAUCCAGGAGCACCCUGGGUGGGAUCUUCAGUUUGACCUCUUAGGCCUUGAAGAUAUAACAUCAGGCCUAAAGCUACAUGAGGAAAAAAACUUGAUUCUGGAUUUUCCUCAGCCCUCAGCUGACUACCUAGACUUCAGGAAUCGCCUGCAGAAGAACUUGGUCUGCUUGGAGAACUGCACCCUGCAAGAGAAGGCGCUAUCUGGCACUGUCAAAGUGAAAAACGUGAGGUUCGAAAAAAAGGUUCAGGUUCGAAUUACCUUUGAUACAUGGAAGACCUACACGGAUGUCGACUGUAUCUACAUGAACAAUGUUUAUAGCGAUUCUGAAAAUGAUACCUUCUCAUUUGCUAUUGACUUGCCUCCUGCCAUUUCCUCUGAAGAGAAAAUAGAGUUUUGCAUUUCUUACCAAAGUGGAGAACAUACUUUCUGGGACAAUAAUGAGGGUCAGAAUUACAAGGUUCUCCAUGCGGAGUGGAAGCCUGAUGGUGUUCAGAUACCGUUUGCCAAGAAAGAAUGUGUAGAUCUUCAGACUUCAAAGAGAGGACAAGAGAGAGAGCCUGAUCACCUAGGCAGUCCGAGGCUGUCCAGUGGUCUCUUUCCCCAGUGGCAGAGUUUGGGUCGGAUUGAAAAUUCCUCACCAUAUUGGUGA